CAUGAUAUUUGUUUCACAGAUCCUCUUUGAAUCGUGUAACGAGUAGAACGGUAAUCGUACGUACUUUUCGUUGAUUCUGGAAAGUUGUACGUGUUUCAUUUAAGAAAGAUCAUUGUUUUUUUAAACCUAAAGCAGAUAGAUAUCUUUAUGAAAAUGGCAUACCGUGAUCGUGAACGUAAUGAUAGGAGAGGAGGAGCACGUGGAGGUGGUCGUUUCAAUGGCCGAGAUGGAAGUGGAGGAGGUGGAAGAUUUGGUAGUAAUUCUAGUAGAGAUAGUAGUUUUGGAAACAAUAAUUUUAAAAACCGUCAACCUGGAGAAAGACUUCGAAAGCCAAGAUGGGAUAUGAGUGCAUUACUGCCAUUUAGAAAAGAUUUCUAUCAGCCUCAUCCUAAUGUUACAACUAGAAAUUCACAUGUAGUUGAGUCUUACCGUUCAGACAAAGAAAUCACUGUUAAAGGAGCAAAUGUACCAGGGCCAAAUAUAUUUUUCGAAGAAGGUGGAUUUCCGGAAUAUGUUUUGAAUGAAAUCCAUAGACAAGGUUUCGGAGAACCAACUGCAAUUCAGGCACAAGGUUGGCCUAUUGCUUUGUCUGGACGUGAUAUGGUUGGAAUUGCUCAAACGGGAUCUGGAAAAACAUUAGCAUAUAUUUUACCAGCAAUUGUACAUAUAAAUCAUCAACCAAGAUUAAAUCGUAAUGAUGGGCCUAUAGCUCUGAUUUUAGCACCAACAAGAGAACUUGCACAGCAAAUUCAACAAGUUGCAUCAGAUUUUGGUAUCUCAUCACAAGUAAGAAAUACAUGCAUUUUUGGUGGAGCUCCAAAAGGUCCUCAAGCUCGUGAUCUUGAGCGAGGUGUUGAAAUUUGUAUAGCAACACCAGGGCGUCUUAUUGACUUCCUAGAACGUGGUACAACAAAUUUACGUAGAUGCACAUAUUUAGUACUUGAUGAGGCAGAUAGAAUGCUUGAUAUGGGCUUUGAGCCACAAAUUAGAAAAAUUGUAGAACAAAUCCGACCUGAUAGACAAACUCUUAUGUGGUCAGCAACUUGGCCAAAGGAAGUUCGUAAUCUUGCAGAGGAAUUUUUAACUGACUAUAUACAAAUUAACAUUGGCUCUCUGCAAUUAGCUGCCAAUCAUAACAUCCUUCAAAUUGUUGAUGUAUGUGAAGAAUUUGAGAAAGAGGGUAAACUUAUGAAACUUUUAGAAGAAAUAUCAAAUGAACCAGAAAAUAAAACUAUUAUUUUCGUUGAGACUAAGAGGAAAGUAGAUGAUAUAACACGUGCAAUUAAUAGGUAUGGAUGGCAAGCAAUUGGCAUCCAUGGAGAUAAAAGUCAACAAGAAAGAGAUUAUGUAUUAAAUCAGUUCCGGAAUAGCAGAUCUGCCAUUCUAGUAGCUACAGAUGUUGCAGCAAGAGGAUUAGAUGUGGAAGAUGUUAAGUUUGUCAUAAAUUUGGAUUACCCGUCCAAUUCUGAAGACUAUGUACACCGCAUUGGUCGUACAGGACGUUCACAGAGAACGGGAACCGCAUAUGCAUUUUUCACUCCUAAUAAUGCACACAAGGCUAGUGACUUAAUUCAAGUUUUAGAAGAAGCAAAACAAGUUGUAAAUCCCAAAUUGUAUGAAUUAUCAAGAAAUCCAGGCAUCUAUAAAAGAGGCCGUUAUGGAGGACGUAGCGGCGGCGGUGGUGGACGUGGUUCUGGAGGCCGUGGUGGUAAUUCCCGUGGUUUACGAGGUGGUCGUGACGGAGAUAGGAGUGGCAGAUUUGAUCGUUCUAAUAACAGUGGAGGAGACCGAGGAAAUAAAUGGAAUGGCAAUAAUAGCAGUAUGAGCUCAAAUAAAAAUUGCAUGGGUGGAGGUAACUACAAUAGCAAAGCAUUUUCUCAGAACACUUAUGGAGGAGGUUCCGGUGGAGGUUCCAGUGGUUACAGUCAAAAUGGUGGAUAUGGAGGAAGUGGAGGCGGAGGUGGAGGUAGCAGUAAUUAUAGACAACAAAAUGGCUAUUAAUUUAAAAAGAAGUUUGAAAGAAAAUUUUCUGUAAUAUAGUAAAAAAAUGAAACGAACG